AUGUCGGGGAAAGAGCGCAGCCCCCGGCACAGGCCGUGGUCAGUCUACCGGGCCAACACGUUUGAUCUUUCGUCGGAGAUGAUGGGGUUGGCACUGUCAGGAAACAGUCAGGACCCUGACGAGCCGGUGUUAGAGUUCAGUUUAGUCUGCAGUGAACUGAUCACACCCACUGUGGACCGUAAGCCAAGCAGCUUUGUGGCUGUCAGCUGCACCACUCCGCCUCAGGCCUUCUGGACCAAACAUUCGCAAACUGAAAUCAUUGAGGGGACAAGUAACCCCGCAUUCCUGAGCAGCGUGGCCUUCUUCCAGGACUCCCUCGUCACUCAGCAGACCCAGGUCAAGCUCUCCGUCUACGAUGUGAAGGAUCGUUCACAGGGCACGAUGUACAUGCUUGGCUCGGCCAUGUUUUCUUUGAAGGAGCUCCUUCAGGACAAACACCACCGCCUGCACCUGACUCUAAGGUCAGCCGAGAAUGAGCGAGUCGGCAACCUCACGGUCAUCGCCUGGCAGAUUGAGGAGAAACGAGAGCACAGAGCUCCGGGUACCAGACUACAACGAGGAGACACUGUGAACGGAAGGAUGGUUCUUCCCGUCGAUGAAAGUUUGACUGAAUCCAAAGGCAUCAAGUCCAUGUCUUCAUCACUGUGUAAGGAUCCCCUGCUGAAGGCUGUGUUUGGAGGCGUCAUGUCGCAUAUGUACCGUUUCCCAACCACGGACGGCAACCAUCUCCGUGUCUUAGAGCAGAUGGCUGAGAGCGUGCUCUCCCUGCACAUUCCUCGACAGUUCGUGAAGCUGCUGCUAGAAGAGGACGCCGUCAGGGUGUGUGAGCUAGAAGAACUAGGUGAGCUGUCUCCAUGCUGGGAGAACCUCAGGAGGCAGAUCAUUACUCAGUACCAGACCAUCAUCCUUACAUAUCAGGAGACCAUCAGCGAUCUGCACGAGUACAAAGGACCUUCUUUUAAAUCUAGCACACUGAAAGCCGAACGGAAGUUAGAGUUUAUUCCGACAAAUUUGCACAUCCAGAGGAUGAGAGUUCAUGGAGAAACCGGCUAUGAAUACACAUACGACGUGGUGACCAACGGCGCUCCUGCUGCACACCAUCAAGGCUUUAAAGGGUGCGGCCUCAGGAAACUACUGCACAAGCUUGAGGAGGCCAGAAAACAUCCCAUACAAACAGCAAUUUGUUUUCAAAGCUCCACCGGGCCAAGAGGAAUGCCGUACCAGCCGCAGGAUGUCGUCAGAGCAAAGGAGCUGAUCGGCCAAAUUAACACACUGAAGACACAAGUGUGUUACUACGUUGAACGUCUGACUAGAGCGGCCAAAGAGCGCUCGGCCAAUGCGCUGGAGAGAACAUUGGCCAUCCUCAAAGACAAAACUCGCCAGUUGGUGAGCGUGUGCGAUUCUAAGCUCUUGUCCUCAGCCAUCAUCGCUCUGACCGCCGCCCGCCCGGAGUCCACCUCAGAAGGCACCCCGUCCCCUUCCUCCUCCCUCUCGCCGUCCUCACGCUCGCCUUCGCGCUCACCUGCUCACCAUCCGUCAUCUCCGUCGCGGACGGCAACCUCGCCCUCCCGCCUAGCCACUCCCCCUGACAGCAUUAACAGCAGUAAAAACAAACGAGCCUCCUUGCAGGCCGACUUGCUCGGAGAGGACUGGGAGAAGGUGUGGCUGAACGUGGACAAAAGUCUGGAGUGUGUAAUCCAGAGAGUGGACAGGUUGCUGCGAGGAGAUCAACUCCAAAGUGACAGCAGCUCCGAUGAUGUAUUCUCAUUGUCUAGUGAGGAUGUCAAAAACACCAAAAAAGUUAGCAGUCCUGAACGGGGAAAAACAUCACCAGGGGAGUGGACUGAGGCCCUACACCCUCUCCUCACCACGUUGAGCGACUGCGCCUCGCUGAUGAGCGACAAAGCCAAAAAAGCCCUGGUGUUCCUCCUCAUGCAGGACAGCGCCCCCACCAUCGCCAUGAGCCUCACGCUGCAGUACCGCCGUGAUGUCGUCUUCUGUCAAACCCUAACAGCUCUUAUCUGCGGCUUCGUCCUCAAGCUGAGGAACAGCCUCUGCGACUCAGGCUUCCUCAAACAGCUCCACACCAUCGGCUUGCUAGUGCAGUACGAGAGCUUGCUCAGCACCUAUGGUGAGGAGCUGGCCAUGUUGGAGGACAUGAGCGUUGGUGUGACAGACUUGAGAAACGUCACCUUUAAAAUCACACAAGCGAGUACGGUCUUUGGCCCUGACAUGCUGCCUGUCAUCACGGGAAACCGGAGUGGCUUUAACGUCAGGGUCCCCAUCCCUGCCGCCAUUUUCGAUAGUCUUCCCCGGGAGAUCCAGAAUGGCAUGUUGCUGCGUGUGCAGCCCAUCCUCUUCAACGUAGGCAUCAAUGAACAGCAAACAAUGGCUGAGAAAUUUGGAGACACAUCUUUACAGGAGGUAAUCAACAUGGAGAGCAUGGGUCGCCUAAGCUUGUACUACGACCACUUUAAGGAGGUGCUCACAGAAGACUGUCUUCCUCGGUCCCGUAGUACAACAAGUCUGCCCGAUCUGCUCAAACAGCUCAAUCACAACAUCAAUGCCAAGAAGAGCAAGAACGUAGAAAUUUUGUGGCAGGCUGCUGAGGCGUGCCGGCGCCUGAACGGUGUGCGCUUCACUAGCUGCAAGAGUGCCAAGGAUCGCACGGCAAUGUCGUUGACCCUAGAGCAGUGUCACAUCCUCCAGCAGGAGCACGCCCUGGCACCCCAAGUCUUCUACCAGGCCCUGGACUGUAUGCGCAGCGAGGGUUGCAGACGGGAGAACACCAUGAAGAACGUGGGAUGUCGCAAAUACGCCUUUAACUCGCUCCAGCUCAAGGCCUUCCCCAAACAAUAUCGUCCCCCGGAAGGCACAUACGGGAAAGUCGAAUCCUAA